GUUUCGUCGUUGAAUUUAAACCGUUAUUCCGCCUUACAACUAUACUCGAAAAACCUGUGCAGUUUCCAAAAAUUUUAACGUGAAGAUAAUUAAUAUUCAACGAAUUUUAAACUGGAGCGGUGAUAGAUGCAUCGAUGAAAAUGCAAGUUUAGAACUUACCAUUGAAAAGUUCUAAAUCCAGAACAACAAGAGUUGUUAGAAGAAAUGCUUAGUGAAGUGUGACGAUCAACGGAAAAUUGAAUUGAAAUCAACUUGGGAGGAAAAAUCACAUCCGAAUACCAACCGGUCAACGAAAUUUCCCAUGUCGUUGUAACAAUAGAUUGAAACACAUUCAGUUUCAGCUAAUUUUCUCAAUUUCCGGUAGUGCAGCAGUUAAACAUAUAAUUCCGCGCUUUAUGCAAGUGAAUUACGAAUACUUUCAAAUCAGUGUAAAGUUGUUUGUCCAUUGAGCUAAGAAUUGAAUGGGUGAGUGCUUCUGUGAAAGGAUUAAAGAAGAUCAAUCCGAAACAGUUUCCGAAACAAGUUAAUUCAGUGUUUUUUCGAUUGUUAGUGCUUAGUGUAUCGGCUUACAAGCUGACGGUGAACAUUCAGAUAACAGUGACUGUAAUCACGCACUUGAUAAGUCUUCAAUCAUACGAGACGUGUGCGAAAGGGAGUUAUGGAAAAUCUUGGCUACAAGGAAGGAACAGCGAAACCUAGACGAAUAUCGAGAACAGCCAGUAUACUUGCCAAAAAUGAAGAGACACCACUAUCGCAACAAACGAGAUUUAAAAAUAUAUCGCCGGGACUGAUGGUACGAUGGCGGAACAAUCCGGAAGCAAUGCUCGAUGCCCAGUAUCCAACUGGCGACUUUGAAUAUAUGGAAUGUGGACCAUCACCCCCCGCUGAAAGUGCGCCCAGCAUGUACGACAGUUUUGAAGAGCCCGCGGCAGAACUUAGUGUUCAAAUCUGCGCAGACACCCUAAGGGUGAAUUUAAUCGAUCAAAUGAAGUCGUCACUAGGUCGUAUUCGAUUACUCGAAGACAUUGAACAAGGCAACGUAAUUGAAGAAAAUGUGAAAAAAUAUUUUGAAUCAACGACAAAAGUGGAGAAAAACAUAUCAUUCUUAUGGGCAGCAUUUUUGAAACGAUGGGAUCUUUUGGAGGGACUUUUGGACGCUGGAGCCGAUUUAAACUUUUGCGACCAGAAUGGUAUAUCAGCCUUGCAUUUGGCUGCAUUCAGCGGAUGUUUGGCAUCAACAAGUUUUUUGAUAAAAAAGGGUAUGGAUGUCAAUGCACUACCGAAAUGCUACACACCAUUACACUGUGCAGCGUUCGGGAACUCCUUGGAAACAGCAAAGAUGCUGAUCAACAAUGGAGCAUUAAUAAAUAUUGAUACAAACAAGCCAAAUUGUGAAGAAUCUCUGUUGCAUUGCGCAGUGCGAGCUAAUGCUUUUGAAUGCGUUCAGCUAUUCAUCGCAGAAGGAGCCGAUGUGAAUUCACUAAAACCAAAUGGCACAAACGCCAUACACUUGGCUGCAGAUUUGGGGAAUGCACAAUGUCUGGAAGUUCUUUUGAGUGCACAAAAUGCUGAUCCUAAUAUUCGAAUUUGUAUAAGAGAGAAGGAAUCAACGGCUUUGCAUUUGGCUGCAGACGAAGGUAAUGUUGAAUGCGUCGAUUUACUCCUUGCUAAAGGAGCUGAUGCCAAACUCAAGAAUCAUCGAGGCUUCACAGCUUUGCAUUUGGCUUCGCGAACAUCAAGUCUCGAAUGCGUUGAAUCAUUACUGAGGAAUGGUAAUGCCGAUCCUAACGCUGAAGAUUUUGAUCACAGGACACCAUUACACGCUGCAGUAGGAAAAUCAGAAAAUGCUUUUGAUAUAAUGGAAACCCUCAUUUCAUGGGGAGCAAAUGUAAAUCAUAAGGACAUCUACGGGUUUACAGCUUUGCACCUGGCAGCUCUCGAUGGCUUGGCGCAAUGUGUAGAAAUGCUUAUAUUCCACGGUGCAGAUGUUACGACAAAAUCCAAAAAAGGUACAACUGCUUUGAACGUUAUAACAAGGAAAACUCCUGCUUCUAUGGCCAUGAUUACUCAGAAAUUGGAUGCUGCUAUUACUAUUCAUCACUCACAGGAUAUUGUUAAUAGAGAAGUGGAACUAGAGUUGGAUUUCAGACAAUUAUUGCAACAUUGUCAUCCACGGGAGAUCAGCUAUUUGAACACAUUUGUCGAUGAAGGCCAGAAGGAGAUACUAGAGCAUCCUUUGUGCUCUGCUUUCUUAUAUAUUAAAUGGGGAAAAAUAAGGAAAUACUACAUCGCACGGCUGGUCUUCUGCUUCGUAUUUGUCUUGUUUCUAACCCUCUACACUCUGACCGCUUUGGCACAUAACUGCUAUAACGGCAGCAAAGAUAUGGAGGAAACAAUCCAGGAGCAAGAACUUUGCCAAAAACAAUCUAUCCUUGGUGAUAUGCUCCGGAAUAAUCCUUUUGUAAUGGAGAUGCAAUGGUGGGUGCUUGUCGCGAUUACUAUAUUCGAGAUAUUCCGGAAACUGUACGGAAUAAUUGGCUAUUCGUCCUUUAAGCAUUAUGUGACACAGGUUGAGAACAUCAUAGAAUGGUUUGUGAUUACAAGUGUGUUUGUAAUCUCGUACAUUUACACGAACCGCACUUACACUUGGCAGAAUCAUAUAGGAGCCUUUGCAGUUUUGCUGGGUUGGACAAAUCUAAUGUUAAUGAUUGGACAGUUGCCAGUGUUUGAUGUUUACGUUGCAAUGUACACCAAGGUGCAGGGUGAAUUCGCUAAACUAUUCAUGGCCUAUUCUUGCAUGUUGAUAGGUUUCACGAUUAGUUUUUGCGUGAUAUUCCCGUCUUCAUCAUCGUUUGCCAAUCCAUUCAUGGGAUUCAUCACGGUGUUGGUCAUGAUGAUUGGAGAACAAGAUCUUUCGUUGCUGAUCAACGACCCUGAUGGAAAGGACCCUCCGUUUUUACUGGAAAUAAGUGCACAAAUCACUUUUGUUCUCUUCUUGAUCUUUGUAACAAUUAUUCUAAUGAAUCUUUUGGUGGGUAUUGCUGUACAUGACAUUCAAGGAUUGAAGAAAACCGCAGGACUAUCGAAACUGGUUCGUCAAACCAAACUAAUAUCAUAUAUUGAAUCAGCACUCUUCAACGGAUAUCUUCCAACUUGGCUACGUAAUCUUCUUCAUUACACGGCACUAGUCUCACCGCAAGCCUAUCGCGUGGUCCUGUGCGUAAAACCUCUGAAUCCUAGUGAAAAACGCUUGCCGCGUGACAUUUUGAUGGCCGCCUAUGAAGUUGGAAAACAAAGAAAGCACUUUGGCCACACGAUUUCAGCCAGAAGCUCGGCUGCUACCUAUUUUCAAUACAAGAACAAAUAUAACAACAAUAAUAGUCAAGAAUCCGAUUAUGGAUUUGACACAUCCAGUAUUUGCACACUUCAGACUAAAGUUGAGGACAAUGCGGAACGUAUUGAGAUACUCACCCAUGAAAUACGGGAAUUGAAGCAGGCUUUGAUUCACCAGCAGCAACAAGCCAGCAAAGUAAUUGAUAAACUCUUGGUGGUUAUAUCGAAUCAGCAGAAAUGUGUGACUAAAAAGUAAGAUCCAUUCUGUGGACUAGGUGUAAUUGGUGUUGUUAUACGUGCAUUACAUAAAUUGUAUGUCUGAAUUGUAUUUACCACUUUAGUAUUAUCAUAGCGCACCUUUGGAGAACACAAUUAUAAAACAUUGGAAAAGGUGCGCCAACAAAGCAAAAUAUUGUCACAUCAAAAGAGAUUUUAUCAUUAAUGUUGUAAGUAGAAAGAUGUACUCCUAUCCAUACCAUUUAGCGAUUUAAGCAGUUUAAUGUUUAGUGUUGUAGCCAUAUCAGAUAGAAUUCGUGCAUAAAUGUUAUAAUGACUAUUACAACAUGAUUGUAUGAAUGUAUGUAUUCUUCCUCUAUGUAAUAAAGAUGACAAAAAGGCUGUGUGAUUCGUUGCUGAAUAAAAUUAAAUGUGCU